AUGUGCCGCAUCGACCCAACUACUUGCAGCGCUGCCAGCACGGCCUUGCCCGACGUUGCUACCGGACUGGCCGUCGUUGUCGAAUUCACUUCACCUUGCCUUGCCCAGUCACUCAGCGACGCCAAAACAGUUUGCUCCACAGGACUUUGCGCCACCCUCAGCUCCCCUGACGCCCGCAAUGCCCACGACGUCUUUUUUGGGCCCCGCCGCCUGCCAACCACUGCUGUUCGAAGCCAGUCUGCUCUUUGCGUCGUCAAACCCCAUGCCGUCCAGGCUGGCCAUCUCGGCGCAAUGAUCGUAGACCUGAAAGCUGCUGGAUUGGAUAUCGCUGCCCUUCACAGCUUCACCCUCCCCCGUCCUGCCGCUGAGGAAUUUCUUGAAGUCUACAAAGGAGUCAUGCCCGAGUAUACUGCCAUGGUCACCCAGCUCGAAUCAGGCAUCUGUGUGGCCCUUGAAGUGCUGGCCCGACAGCCCUCGGACGAACCCUCCCCCCACGCUGCCCUGCGUCAACUCUGCGGCCCCCACGGUCCGUUUACGUGCUAG